GUCUGCUGCCAUUCGGACGUGUGCUACCGAUCGAGCGUUAACAUUGGACGAAAAUGGCGUGUUUAAAUAACUUAAUAACGUCUUUUUAGAAUUAAUAACGAUGUAUUUAAUUCAUUUGUACGUUGUGUUAAUCUUUAUCUGUGUCCUAGUUUCUAAUAUUCAAUCGUUUACCAUUGAAGACGAUGAUUCGAUCAACGUAACAGCAAGCUUCGAUUUGUCUCCUCAACAGUUAUCGAUAGAUGCAGUGGCCGAACAUUCGUUUACUUUAACAUGGAAACCACCUUUGUUGAUUGCGAAUCAAAGCGGAGAUCUCGUUGCUUAUUCGCUUACAUACAACGUACGUGACAAACAGGAUAAAGAAAUGAAUCUCUUAUUACCUCCGAAUGCAAGUCAUAUGAUGGUGACUGAAUUGACUGAAGGUACGAAUUAUAGGAUCGUCUUAGCUGCUGUUUAUGAUACUAAAGAAAGAGUUGCUGCUCCUGAAAUUUAUGUCACCACUCUCUUCCCCGUUGAAGAUCUCAUUGUGGGCGAUGAUAUAUACCCGGAUGGAAAAUUUGAGUGCAAUUGCAGCGAAACCGGUACGUUGGCGUGUACAAGAUCCCCCCACAACAUGAAAUGCGCUUGUUACAACGGGUACGAAGGUAAAUGGUGCGAUAUGUGCUCUCAAGGAUACUUCAAAGUGGGCGAGGAAUGCAAGCCGUGCCCUUGCACCAACAUCACUUCGGCGGGGGAAUGUAUUUUAGCGAAUGGACACGUUACCUGCACAUCUUGUCUUCCGGGUCACACCGGUCUUCUCUGUACAAACUGUACCCCAGGAUACACAUGGAGAGACGAUAAAUGUGUAACUAUCGAUAACCAAUGUGACACUUGCCCCGAUCCCGGAGCGACGGCAUCCCUUCUACAUAGCAAAUUAACAGAUCAGAGUCUAAACGAUGGUACUAUCCCUUUGGUAGCUGUGGUGGUAACGCUAGCAGUCCUCUUAGUAGUGGCGGCAUCUGCUACUUGUUAUCGUUAUUGGUCACAGAGAAGAACCAGACUUCGACUACCUUUCUGGAGCAUCGAACUAAGAGAAGAUAAAAUGAAUCUAAGCUCCGGUUGCCAUUACCAACAACUGGAUGCUGCCACCAGCCGUGUUGUUCAAGCUCAGUGUGAUGACAUGGAAGGGGACAAUAAUUCACCUUCCGCUUAUCGUCCCUUAAAUGCGUGAUCGACUCUCUUUACACGUACUUAAAUUAAUAAAAUCGGAAUACAUUUCAUCUCGUAAACCAAGCUGCGAGAACGAAUUUCAGUAGCAUGGACCAUUCAUCGAUUAAACAAAAAAAAAUAAAUAAAUAAAAGCCUAACUUUCUCUCCCAUAUCAUCAUACCAUUUCGCGGAUUUUCAUUUCUGAUUUGCUUUUAAGCUACUUUUUUAAUUAUUUUUUUUUUAUAAAAUUGGUGUAUGUUGUGAGAAUUCUCUUCUUUAUUUUAUACAUGAUGAACUGCAAAAGAAAUAUAAUAAUUUCGACGACGAAUAAAGGAGAUAUAUUUUAAAAAAAAGAAAAAAAUUCUAUGAACAUAAGCGGUUCUCGGCAAUAUGCGUAAGAUACGACGGUUUAAAAUUUAAACGAAAACGAUUGGUUAAAAUAUGUUCGUUUUAACGACGAUUGGUUCAAGAGAUAAAAAUAAGCAAAAGUGGGCGCGUCUCGUCCCGUAUUCGCUCUUCAAUCAAAAUUAAACAUAUUUUUAAUCAAAAUUUAUCCCAUUAUAUCGCCGAGAACUGCCUAUAUUCAUUUAUACUGUAUUUUUAUUUGGUUGGUCUCCUUUAUCAUCGGGUAUUUUAUUUAUAGUUCACCAUGUAUAUAUAGCAUACAGAAUUCGAAUUAGUGACAAGUUUAUAGUCGGUGGCACCCCCGUUUGAAUUUUUUUAGCAUGGAUAAAAACAAGAAAAAACAAUAUAAAAAAAAAGAAAAGAAGAAGAAUGGAGGUCGAUUUAUAUGUCUUUUGUUAUAGAAUUUAUACAGAGCAUCUAAACAAAUCUGUCGAUUGUAAAUGUCUUAUCAAAUGUUGUCUGGGAACGAUUUCUUUUAUAGUUUUUCCUCUGCUAUAUUCUGUCAUGUGUCGUUCAAUUCACUUUUACUUCUGUAUGGCAUUAUUCAUACAUAUACAGUCGAUGUCAUACACAUAUCUCGUUGGAAUAAAUCGAAAUAAAAAAAAAAAAGAGGAAGAAACAAGAAAAGAAGGAUCUCAAACAUUUUUAAGUCCAGAAAACAAGAAAAAAAAAACACCUGAUUUUAUAUUUCUUUCCUCUUACU